AUGCCCGAGUCUCCCCGCAAGAAGCAGAAGGUGUUGGGUCCUCUGACGGCCCAUAACCUGAUCAACGGCGAGUUUGUGCCUCCUUCGGGCGAUAAAUACGUCAACGUCAUCAGCCCGUCGACUGGCCAGGUGAUCGGCAAAUGCGCGCUUUCCAAAGACGAAGACGUGAAGUUGGCGGUGGCUAAGGGCCAAGAAGCCUUUAAAGAAUGGCGUCAACUGACUGUCAAGGCCCGUGCAGCCAUCAUGCUCAAGUUUCACGCACUCAUGAUGCAGCACCAAGAUGAACUGGCGGACAUUGUGGUGAAGGAGAACGGUAAGAACCGCACCGAGGCGCUCGCCAGUGUCUUAAAAGGCAACGAGACGGUCGAGUACGCCUGCAGUCUCCCGCAAUUAGUGCAGGGGCGCACAUUGCAAGUCUCACGAGGCAUCACGUGCCAAGAAGUGCGUGACCCGCUGGGUGUUGUGGCCUGUAUUGUGCCAUUCAACUUCCCCAUUAUGGUACCCAUGUGGACGAUCCCCAUCGCGUUAACGAUGGGGAAUUGUGUUAUCUUGAAGCCAUCCGAGAAGGUUCCAUUGACAAUGUCGCGUGUUGCUGAGUUGUUGCUGGAAGCAGGAGUUCCCAAGGGUAUCAUCAACGGGACGGUGGAUCCAGUCAACAGCUUAUGUGACCACCCAGACGUGGCUGCUGUCACAUUCGUUGGGUCCAGUCGUGUGGCUCAACUUGUAGCUCGUCGAUGCCGAGCUUUGGACAAGCGUGUACUGGCUCUGGGUGGAGCGAAGAACCAUCUCGUCGCUCUCCCGGACGCCGAUGUCGAGGUGGCUUCUAAGGAUAUUGUGGCGUCCUAUGCUGGCUGUGCUGGCCAGCGUUGCAUGGCUGCAUCCGUGCUCCUUCUAGUGGGAGAUUGCUCGGCUUUACUCGACAAGAUCGUCGAGAAAUCGAGGGAAUUGACUCGCGGCACUGAAGCUGGGCAGGUUGGCGCUCUGAUUGACGACGGAUCCAAGACUCGUGUGCUCAAAUACAUCAACGAAGCGGAAGCUGCGGGUGUGAAGGUGUUGGUGGACGGGCGAUCGUGGUCUACAGAGGCCAAGGGCUUCUGGGUUGGUCCUACAGUAUUGUUGCACUCGGAUCCGAAGGAUGCAGCCAUGAAAGACGAGAUCUUUGGCCCAGUCCUGUCGGUGUAUCGCGUGGAGACGUUCGACGAGGCUCUGCAGAUCGAGAACGGCAAUGAUUAUGGCAAUGCAGCGGCCAUUUACACGUCCAAUGGCGCCUAUGCCGAGUAUUUCCAGUCGCGUUUCAGUGCUGGGAUGAUUGGAGUCAACAUUGGGAUCCCAGUUCCACGUGAGCCUUUCAGCUUCGGUGGAAUGUACGGAACCAAGAGCAAGUUCGGCGACAUGGACAUCACUGGGGACGGCUGCGUCGAGUUCUUCUCCACGAGACGUAAAAUUACGUCCAAGUGGAGCACCGUCAUCAACCCGGGCGACGCAGCCAACUUCAGUGGACAGCUCUGA